AUGUACCGUAGAAUGUCAGUGCGUGAUGCUGUCGAUGAAAGAAGCUUGACGGCUGUGAAAGAUGCGCUGGAUAGAUGGGAAGACGUAAAUGAGAGGGACCGCAAGUUGGCCACACCACUGCAUGCUGCUAUUUGGAACGGUUCCAUGGAGAUUUCUCGACUGUUGAUCGAACGUGGUGCCGACUUGGAAGCCAAGCAAAUACAUGGGCUGACAGCACUACAUGUCGCAUGCCUCAAUGAUCGGGUGGAUGCUGUUCGGGCCUUAUUAGAUCAAGGGGCCAAUGUCAAUUCCACCGAAAAACAUCAGAAAACGCCACUACAUUAUGCAUGCCAAAGGGGUGAUUUGGUGCUUGCCAAUGUAUUGUUGAAUCGAGGUGCCCACUUAGAAGCAGCAACGGAACAUGGAUUCACCCCGCUGCAUCUAGCGUGCGAGAGUGGUCAUUUGGAUAUGGUAUACUGGCUUUUUAUUCAAAAUGCCAACGUGAACGCCGAAGGAUUUCAGAAGUUUACUCCAUUCCAUAUGGCAUGCGCAAACGGACAUGUUGAGAUUGCCCACAUGAUUGUGGAUCAGUAUUUUGAUAUAGAAGCCAAAAUAUCUACAGGAUGGACACCGCUACAAUUAGCCGCGGAUUGUGGGCACGCUAGAGUAGUUCAAAUGCUUUUGGAUCGAGGUGCAAACCUGGACGCAAGAGACAACCAUGAUCUGACAUCCAUGCACAUUGCAUGCCAAAGUGGUCAACUGGAGGUUGUCCAACUGUUGCUCAACCAAGGUGCUGGCGUGGAUGUCAAAACUCACAAUCAUUGGACACCACUCCACAUUACAUGCUGGGAAGGGCACGCCAACAUAGCCGGGCUGUUGUUGGACCGAGGUGCUGACGUGAAAGCUGUGACAAAGAAGGAAUUGACUCCACUGUUUCUCGCAUGCGAAAACGAUCAAGUGGAAAUUGUGUGGCUGCUGCUACAUCGAUGCCCUUGGCUCAUAAUAUAG